GUAAAUUGAGAAAACAAAACGCACAGAAAAAAAAAAAAAAAAAAAAAAAAAGAGAGAAAGGAGGCGAGGGAGAGGGGAGAGAGCAAAGGGGGAGAUCUGCCAGAACCAAAGAAUUUCACAGAGCUCUCCAUCUCUCCGAUCAGAUCGGGCUCUUUGUCCCUACAGAAAUUAGGGCUUUAUACAUAUUUUCUGAUCUCUCUACGAAGAUUCGAUUUUUACGUUUUGAAUUCGAAAUUGAAACCGACCGUUGAUUGAAUUUUAAUUGCGCGUCAUUGCUCAAUUCCUUGAUCCGGGUAUCUCUGUGGUUUUGUAGGGUUUUGUUUUGUUUGUUUCGUAGGGUUUUCGUUCGUUAGGGGUUUGCGGGGAGGUGGUGGGAAUUGUGCAUUCAUAUGUUUGAAACUGUGUGAGUUUUGGAGAUUAAAUGGCUUCAGCUCAAGUAUUGCCCAACUCGCGAAAACUAAAGGAUUUGGAAGCGGGAAAGCGCAAGUUGGAGGAGUUCCGUAAGAAAAAAGCAGCAGAGCGAGCUAAGAAGGCUUCAUCCACUAGCCAAACCAAUGCCCCUGAAGUUAGCUCAAAUGAGAAACAACCUCUAGAAACUGAACUUGUACGAGUUACAGUCCCAGAUGGUGCUGGUACAUCUGAUGGACCUAGUGGUGCUUAUACUGAAACUUCUUCUGUAUCAUCCAACAAUGAUUACAAAGCAGUUGAUUUUUCCCAAAAAAAGGAACAAGCUCCCGUGAAUAAUUCCCACAGUAGUCCUUCAACAUAUGAUUUUAAUGAUCAAGUGCAUAAACAUGCAAGUGAUCAACAAUAUAAGAGCUAUGGUGGUUUUGGGUUUGCUGGAUCACUAGACGUUAAUCAUAGCAAUGGGACAAAAGGGAUGAAUAAUGAUUUUGAAAAAUAUACUGGUAACUCAGGUGAGACCACAUCUGAUCAGUCUAUUGCUCUACGACCACAAGCACGUCAAGAAUUUGAUAGCAAUACAAGUCAUUCCAGUUAUCAUGGAAGGAAUGAAUUUCAGUUCAAAGAACAUAAUAUAUCUUUGAUGGAUUCUGUAAGUAACUCUGGUUCUUCUUAUCCCUCUGUUACAAAAAUCUCACCUCAGAACUCUGUCAGUGCAUUGCUUCAAAGUGAGGCCAGUAAUGUCAGCACAGUGUCUGGUGGCCCUACUCCAUCUUCACUUUAUGAAGGCUUGGCUGAGCCCGGUACCAGCUUAAGAGGGUUUGCUGAUGAAGUUGGGAAAAACAUGCAUGGUAGUAGUGUGGACUUAAGUGAUCCUAUAACUUUCAGAUUUGGAGAAGGAAAGCUUACUAGCUCUGCUAGUGGGUUUCAUAAUUUGCAGAGUACAGCAGUGCAGACAUCUGAAUCCAUGGGUUUUGAAUCUGAUGCCAGAAGUUCAUCACUAUAUUCAGUUACACCUGAAACUAAUUCUAGGAGAUCUCGCUCAUCUUUCCUGGAUUCUAUUAAUGUGUCUAAAGCUUCUUCAGGGACUGUUUUUCAACACAGUGAACCUGAGGAAUCACUUAUGUCCAACAGUUAUAAAUCAAAUGGCAUGAGUUUUCUAGGUUCGUCGCCUUUUCGUAAGCCAUCUAUGGAUGAUGAUACUGUGAGAUCCUUUUCAAAGUUUGAAACUGGUGCACCUCAUGCAUUUGAGAAUUCUGUGAAGUCUUUAUUUCCUCCUAAUGCUGGAAUGGACCAGCAGAGGCCAAUAAUUGAGGGGAAUAGCGUGGAGAGAAAACAUGAAUUUUAUUCUCCUAAUCAGAAUGAAGAUUUUUCUGCUCUGGAACAGCAUAUUGAAGAUUUGACACAAGAAAAGUUCUCUUUGCAACGAGCACUUGAUGCUUCUCGUGCUUUAGCAGAGUCCUUGGCUGCUGAAAAUUCUUCUUUGACGGAGAGUUAUAACCAACAGAGAAGCGUUGUUGACCAGCUAAAAUCUGACUUGGAAAAUAUACAGGAGGAAAUCAAGGCCCAGCUGGUGGAACUUGAUGCUGUCAGAAAUGAAUAUGCAAAUGCACAUCUAGAAUGUAAUGCAGCCGAUGAACGCGCCAAGCUUUUGGCAUCCGAAGUUAUCGGAUUAGAGGAGAAGGCACUGAGAUUAAGGUCCAGUGAGCUAAAGUUGGAAAGGCAAUUGGAGAAAACACAAGCUGAAAUCUCUUCAUACAAGAAAAAACUGUCUAGCCUAGAAAAGGAUCGUUCGGAUUUGCAGUCAACUAUCAAUGCUCUUCAGGAAGAGAAGAAGCUGUUGCAGUCUAUGUUACGGAAAGCUUCCACAAGUGGAAAGAAUGUUGAUGUUAGCAAGAAUACUAAUAACAAAGAUGUGUCUACUUCUACAGAAGAUCUAGCAAAUGAAGAUGCUAUUCCUGACACCUUAGGCCAGGAAAGGGAUGAUGCCUCAAGUUUCCCGAUUCUGCCUGCAAGUGGACAGCUGACUUUUGAUGUUUCAUCUGUGAAUCUACCUCAUGACCAGAUGCAAACAAUUGAAAACAUCCAUACACUAAUUUCUGAGUUAGCAUUGGAGAAAGAAGAGUUAAUACAAUCUUUGGCAUCCGAGUCAUCUAAUUGUUCCAAGUUGAAGGAGCUGAACAAUGAAUUGUCCCAGAAACUUGAAGCUCAAACUCAGAGAUUGGAGCUCUUAACUGCCCAAAGUAUGGCUAACGAGAAUAUUAUUGUUAGACAACCUAGUCCUGUUGAUAUUCCCGACAAUACUCCAUAUGCAGAUGAAGGCGAUGAGGUAGUGGAAAGAGUCUUGGGAUGGAUUAUGAAGCUUUUUCCUGGAGGGCCAUCAAGACGAAGAACUAGUAAGCUUCUGUGAGAUUCAAGUCAGUAUAGCUUCUCAACAAUCCUCAUGCUCCAAUCCGGUUUUGCUUUCCUUCACUCCCUUGGCGUAAUGAAGGGCGUAAUUUGUAUAUUUUUUUGAGUCAAUUUUACAGUCCAUUCUUUUUUAAUAGAAGAAAUAUGAUCUUGUACUAAGAGGCCUUCCCAUUGAUUGACAUAUCUGAUUAUCAGUUCUUUGAAACAUGACAAUAAAGUCCCUCGUUACUGUUACUGGUUUAGAUCUUUAUAUUGUAGGGGGGUAUUUGGUGGAUACCGAAAGAGGGGAUUACAAGUGGUAUACAGACGUAAGAAAUUGUAACCGUGUUUUUAUCUUUUUUUUUUCGUUUUUCGGCAGUUCUUUGUUACCCGCAUCCAUUGUACACUUUGGGGCUUAAGCCCCCAAGAAAUGAAAGAAACGAUUUGGCUUCUCA